ACUUUCGCUUUCGUUUCCCCUAUGUGACCGUCCUUUAUUUUAACAAAACGCCUGUUCCCUCUUACGGACACUGACACCCACAGUCCGACACCGUGCUCCCUUGCUUGGUGUUCCCCGGCCCUUGGCCCCGUGCUCCCACUUGCAGGAUGUACUGGAAAACAAGUGAGCCGGAAUGGGAUCCGGAGUAUGAUUCAACAUGGGAGGAUCAAGAUGAGAAGAAAGACAGGACGCAGAAAGCCAACCAACCGAGCUACAGGUUUUACUCAAGAAGUUCACGAGCAGCCAGAGAUCUACAGAAUUACAGGCAUGAGUAUCCGGAUUUGCGAGAUUGUGGUUCUGAGAUGCCAAAUUUGCAGUUUUACCUCAACAAAAAGCGAUUUGAGCCCAAUGGUAUAUUGAUAGAAGAUCUUCUUGAAGAAUGGAAGGAUGAUUAUGAAAUGCUGGAGGACAACCAUAGCUAUAUCCAGUGGCUAUUUCCACUGAGAGAGAGUGGAAUGAACUGGCGGGCUAAACCAUUGACAAAAAACGAGAUUACGGAGAUGAGAAAGUAUGAUGAAGUCCUGCAUCGGUUUAUAAAUGCAUACAAACUAAUGUUGGGAUUUUAUGGCAUCACUCUUGAGAAUGAAGAGACUGGUCAAGUUAAACGGGCAGAUAACUGGGAGGAGAGAUUUGAAAACCUCAAUUGCCACAGCCACAAUAAUUUAAGGAUCACACGGAUACUCAAGUGCUUAGGGGAGAUGGGAUUUGAACACUUUCAGGCUCCCCUGGUUCAGUUUUUCUUGGACGAAGCACUAGAUUUCAAAACCCUAGAUAGUGUUAAAUAUAGUGUUCUAGACUAUUUCAUUUUCACAGUGAAGAACAAAAUGAAGCGCAGAGAGCUAGUGUACCAUGCAUGGACUCUCUUUCAACCAAGUGAUAAAUUUGUUUGGGGGCCCAUAAACAAAUUAAAAACUUACAAAAAAGGGAAAGAAGAUGAGAUAAAGGUAUCAGACAAGAGUAAGACAGAAUCUGAGCAAUAUACAACUAAUGCCAUGCCAAGUGAAGAAAACGCUAAUGGUAGCCAUGAUCCUGACAGACAAGAGAUGCAGGAAGGCGGGAAUGCAAGCAGCCAGCCUGAAGAAAUGUACACUAACAGUUUAACCACCACUGAAAAAAACAGCAGUUUACAUCACAAUAAGAUAAGCAGUGACUCUGGUAACUUAGAAGCCAGUCAGAAAAUGAAUAAUCAUGUCAACAUACGAACGAUUGAAGAGAAGUCUGAGAAUACGGAUAAUAAACAACAGGACUUUACUGCGAUUGAACAGGUUGCACAACCAGAAGUGCCCAUCGAAGAUGAAGGAGAAAUUAAUAGUAAUAGGUCUGAUAAAACAGAAUCUGAAAACUUGCAUCCAGAGCAAAUUAAGGAAGAGAUUGCAAAACUAGGUGGUGAUGUAGAGAUGAUAGAUUCUCAAAAUGCAAAUGAAAAUUCACUGAAAGCCAAUGAUUCCCAAAACAAUAGUGGCACUGUUACCGAGACUGAGAUCUGAUCUGUUGCUGUGGGGGAUACCAUAUACUUAGGGAUGCAUAAGGAGCUAUGACAAUGACCCAGAUGUCACAAACUGCCAUUGUUUCUGUGGCCUUCAGUCCCUCUUAUUGUAGAGGACCAUGAAACACAUAGGGAAACGUCCUUAUUUCUCAACAGGUGGCGUUGAACUUUUUCUUUAUUAAUUUCCCUUUGUUAAUAGAACAGAUCAUCUGGAAUAUACCCUCUGCUUGGUGCUAAUUGGAAAUCAACCAACUUUACUAAGUUCUGGAAAUGUUUGAUAGCAUUUUUUUCUAAGACAUUGCUUUUGUUUUGCUCUUUAAUGAAAAUCAAUCUUUGCCUUUCAGAUGUUUACAGAAUUUUUAUGCUUUUUUUCCUGUAUGUUUGCAAUGGACAAAACAUUUUUGUGA